GCGCUCGUGACGCGAAAGAUGUAUACAGCAGCCAGCGCAGCAUCUCCGCCACAGGUGCACUGUCCGACAUGGACCUUGGACCGAAUGGCAACUCGCAGACGAAUCCUCUCAUGUUCCAGUUCUAUACUUGGGACGCUAUGCAUCCGACCAUGAGCUGGUGGGCGUAUUUUGAGAGCGAGGUGCCACACCUCGCACAACUUGGAGUAACGCAAGUAUGGCUACCGCCACCUAAUAAAGCCACUCACAAGCUGGGACAAGGCUAUGAUGCAUACGAUCUUUGGGACCUCGGCGAGUUCGACCAAAAGGGCACUAAAGCCACGCGCUGGGGAACGAAAGAAGAGCUUCAGCAGGCCGUCUCGACUGCGAAAGCCCACGGCAUCGACGUGAUCAUAGAUGCUGUACUAAACCAUAAAAUUGGAGCAGAUCGGACAGAAGUGUUCAAAGCCGUUCCAGUGAACGAGAAGAACAGGCAUCAAGAGGCUGGGCCACCGAGAGAGAUCGAGGGAUGGACAGCUUACGAUUUCAAAGGCCGUGGUGGCAAGUACAGCUCGAUGCGCUGGACACAUGAACAUUUCACCGGCCUUGACUGGGAUCACCGCUCCAAGAAAAAUGCUAUCUACCGUAUCGCUCACAAGCCUUGGUCUCCCAACGUCGAUCAGGAAAAUGGGAACUACGAUUAUCUUCUGGGUAUAGACAUUGACCUGCAGCACCCUGAGGUGAAGGAGGACCUCAAGCGGUGGGGUACGUGGGUUCUAGACACUAUUGGCGCGUCUGGUUUCCGUCUCGACGCGAUCAAACAUAUGGACCAUAAAUUCUUGUUAGAGUGGAUUCAUAGCGUGAGGAAACAACCGAACCGGUCGCGAACGUUUGCGGUCGGAGAGUACUGGUCCGGAGAUGGAAAGAGUCUUCUGAACUACGUGAAAAACUUCAAAGGACAGCUGUCAUUCUUCGACGUACCAUUACAUUAUCGGUUCCAUGAAACGAGUAAGGCCGGAGCUACCUAUGAUCUUCGAACCAUCAUGAACGAUACAGUCCUAUGGCACCAACCACACGAUGCUGUCACUUUCGUGGAUAAUCAUGAGUAUCAAAUCGGACAAACUCUUGAGAGUUGGGUCUACAAUGCUUUCAAGCUCCAAGCAUACGCUCUAAUCCUCCUCCGCGGUGAAGGGCACCCAUGUGUAUUCUACGGCGACCUCUACGCCAACAAAGAAUGUGAUACCUCCGCCAUCGCCCCAAUUCUCCGCAAACUCAUGGGACUGCGUAAAGCGCAUGCACACGGUCCCGUGAAUGAUUACUUCCACGACAGGAACUGUAUCGGCUUCGUCAGAAUGGGUGAGAAAGAUCGUGCAGGGUGUGUGGUAGUCAUCUCGAAUGCGGAUAAAGAAGGGAAAGCGCAAAAUGCUGCAGCGACACAUACAAUCCCGAUGUUCGUUGGCAAACACAACGCCAAGAAGGUGUAUACUGCCUCUCUUGGGUCCUCGGAACGAGUGCAGGUCUCUGCCAAAGGUUGGGCCCACUUUGCGUGUCCGCCGGGAGGCUUGCAAGUCUGGGUGCCUACCCUAUAGAGCGUCGAACUCUGCACUAAGAUUGGGAUAGCAAUCGACUGCUUUCAUCACGUAUAUAUGUAUAUAUCCUAUCGUCAUAUAAUCGCCUCUGAACG